CCAGGAGCCUUAUAUGCUUAAGAAGUACGAGAUGUGUCAUUCGGGUGCCGAGUUUUGGAGACAAAUAGUAGGCUAACUUUCGAAAAUGCGACUUACGACGUGUGUAAUUUUACUGGGUCUUGUUGCUAAGCUUUACGCAGCUCGCAUUGUUAAGAAGAACUUGGAAAUUGAGAAAAAUGGAGUUCAGCACGUUAUCGAGAAACUCCAGAAAGACGAGAAUAAAAAGCACUUCAACGAAGCAGAAAAACUCGAAGAGAAAAAGACAGAAAAGGAGGAUGAAAUUGCCGCCUCUAAGAAAUUAUCAAAAUUGAAGAAGAGCAUUGGUGAACUGUUUAGUUUGGCGAAAUCAAUGAACGCCCGUCUGAACAAUAAGAAACGUUUAAAGGAACGUGUUUCGGGGAAGAAGGUUGUAGGAAAACAAGCUUCAUCUGAACGCAUUUUUACUUUAUCAACUGAUGUACACCUUGGAAAUUACACCUUGACAUGGAACAAACUACUUUGUUAUAUCUUUCCUCAAAAUUGUGAAGAUGUAGACCUUAGCCCACAGUGCCCGGCAGGUAAUUUUGCCUGUUUUGAUGGUUCGUGUAUUACAAGCUACUGGGAGUGUGACGAUUACGACGACUGCGGAGAUUUAUCCGAUGAAAGUCAUUGUUCAAUUGAAUGUCCGGAAGGCAAGGUAAAAUGCCAAAAACAGCCAAGAUGUGUCCCGGAUAAUUGGAUAUGUGAUGGUUACAAUGAUUGUGACGAUGGUUCUGAUGAAGUUUACUGUGAAAACGGAGGUCAAAGUAGUUUCAGUUUUAGCAGUAGUGAAAGCGAGCCACACAGUUCUACAUCCGAAUCACAGACUUCCAUAAGUUAUGGUAGUAGUGAACGAAGCGACGACGAGACUUCUUGUGCGUGGAGCGAUUGGGGAUCAUGGUCACUGUGCAACGCUGGUUGUGGAAGUGGUAUUUCGAAUAGAACUCGCAUUUGUGAAUGUAGUCAUGACAACUGCAUUGGAAACGCCCACGAAUAUUUUAUUUGCCUAGAACCAGAUGGUUGUCGACCUGAAGCUGCUACUGGGUGUGGCGCUCGGAAUCCAACGGAAUCCAGAGCCAGGAUCGUAGGGGGAGAGUACGCAGCGGAAGGUGCUUGGCCAUGGCAGGCUCUGUUAUUUCAUAAUGGUUUCUUCACAUGUGGGGGCUCACUGUACGAAAAUCAAUUCAUCAUUACAGCCGCCCACUGCGUGUAUAACAGUUUAAAUCCAGCAGGAUGGCGGGUUUAUUUAGGAAAACAGGAGUUAUCAACAAGUGUCGAGGAUAACGCUCAGUUCUCAAGUACCAUCUCUCAUAUAGUCCUCCAUGAAGACUACAACCCUACCACUCUAGACAACGAUAUUGCGAUCUUGAAACUGACGGAACCGGUUAGCCCGCCACCAAAUGCCGAUUCGCUCAUCAACAAUAUCUGCAUAGCUAGACCAGAUAUGAUAUUUUCCCCGGGCUCCAUGUGCUUUAUAACCGGCUGGGGAGCCACGAGCGAGAGUGGGUUGCCAGCCUCGAGCCUUCUUGAAGCUGAGGUGCCUUAUAUUGGCGAAGGUAGUGCCUGCUACGAGUUUGAUGGCUAUACAGCCGACGAUUUUACGCCAAACAUGAUAUGUGCUGGUUACGAGGACGGAGGAGUCGACGCGUGCCAGGGCGAUUCCGGUGGACCCCUUGUCUGCAAGUACCCCGAUUCUGACGGGAAUGUGGAUCGCUGGUACCUCGUUGGUAUCACCAGUUGGGGAUACGGUUGUGCUCGAGCGGAGACGCCCGGUGUUUAUACCAAAGUUCAGAACUACAAUAACUGGAUCAUACAAGAGGUUGUAGAACUUUAGGACCAAGAACUUUGGCGCUUUCUAAAAGGAGGGCCAGUGGCGGCACCACAGGUUGCGUCUUUGGCCCUUAAGUAUUUUCUCCCAGCCCUUUGAAAAAAUACAUUACAAUUUUAUCCAUCAAUGUUUCGUUCAGGAUCUAUCCAUUCGAAUAGCAAAUAAAUUGAGAUGUACGGUAUAGUAUUAGUUCACUGUAACGUACGGUAUAAAACAUGAAUGCUUCAAAUAUAAUGUUUUAAUUAUUAUUCUGGGAGGUGAUCUGUCACUGUCAUAUUCGCUAUUGAAAACUCGAAGGCUGCUAAAGCGAUAGGCCUAUAUGUGAUUUUUAGAAACCGUGUUUUU